AUGAACGCUGAAAGCUCUCAAUUUGGUAUCCCAAUAGAGUUCAGCAAUGCUUCCUACCAUUCCUCCGCUGAUUUCGGUGCUGCUGCCGACUAUUCUCGGACCUCUGGCUCACCUAUCAACGCCAUUUGCCUUGGUCACGGCUCAUGUCUUGACAUUAUUCGCCGGUCAGCUACACAGCUCUUGAGCUCUCUUGCUUGUGCCAUGGACGAUCGGCAGGAUUGUGACAGUUCAAUCCUACUGGCCUCGCUGCAUGGGCUUCGACUGGUCAUUUCCUGCAUAACAGAGGCCCAGCUUCGUCCCGUGCUGGCCAGCGUCUGUACUCGCCUUCUGCCCGUCUACACCGCGGAAUCAGCUCUGGUGAGAGCAGGCGCAUUCCACCUUUUCGCUGGGUUGGCCGGGUUCGCGACAAAUAUCCGUACCAAGUCGGCGGAGGAUGGAUUGGGCCAAUUCAUACAGAAGGCCUACCAGGCGUCUGGACCUCGAGGAUCGUUGCGAGAUUCUGCCGAACGCCAUGUACGUGCCGAACCAUCCAGACUAGACGAGCCGGAGGCGACCAGAAGUCGUGGCAUCGUGGCGAAGGGAGAUAGUUGGUCGAAAAAUGUCGGCACAACUCGUCAGAGGACGGAAAUCGGGCCGGAUGUGGAAGAGGACUGGUCCCCAUCGUAUUCGCUGCUUGCCUCACAAGCUGAAUCUGUUUUCAUUCCAAUGCUGUUGCAUCUCGCAGACCCCAAUCCGCUUGUAGUUCAUGCCUGCAAAGCAUCACUCAAACUGGUCUGUGUCAUCGCCAGCCUUAUCAAUUCAAUUCAUAUGCAUCAAUUUCCAUUUUAA